UCUACCUCCCAAUUCAUUAUGGACGAAAAUGUAGAGGACAUUAGAGCAAAAGCUGAAGUAUCAGUUGGUCUUGUACGCCAGUUGGUUUCUAGCUGGCUUCCUAAACCAUCACCUUCUGAAAGGGAGAAACAACCUUCCGUAAAGACGAGUGUAACAGCACUAUAUUCGGGCGAUCCUGCCGCCUCUAAACGUCAGGCUCAACUGAAAAGAAAGUUGGUGGGCAAUGUAGGAUCGAAUGGUGCCGUGAGCUUGGACCCGAACGGAAGAGGGGAAGCAGACUCGAGGUUGGAAGGCUCGGAAAAACGUAAACCAGUGGAGCAAAAAGUUGGAGAUGACGAGGAGGAGCUUUUACAUAGACUCGCAACAUCUUCCAAAGCCAUCAAGAAGCCACGGGAUGUGCUAUCUUCAUACUUGGACAGAGAAAAGAUUGGGAAAAAGAAAAAGAAAAAGAAGAGCGCAUCAACGCAAUAGCUUAAUUUUUGGAAACUUGGCAUCCAUUUGUACAUAGUCAUGUAUUGCAGGAUAUAUACACUUUAUUAGAUUUCCCAUCACCCACCCGGUAAUCUCCUGAAUUUACAUACACUCCCUACUAUCACA